CAUCGUUUGAGUGUGAGGCGCUUCCAUCGAAAGGACCGUUAACUCGGGCGGUGCCGAGUUAAGAUGGUCGAUAUCCGACCCGAAAAGCAUCCCGAAACCGUUGUACAUAUUUCGAACAUCGUCCUUCAAGUUGCACCCACUGUAAACAUCCCAUCUUAGUGGCCAGUUCUGCCUGCCAGUCAGAGGUUAAGCUGAGGCCAUGGCAGUGAAGGACCGCGUUGAGGCGGUGCUCAAUGUGGGACUGCGUGUUCCCAGCAUCAUGCUGCUGGAUGUCCUCUACCGCUGGGAUGUCAGCUCCUUCUUCCAGAAGAUCCAGCGUUCCAGCCUCUCCAACAAUCCCCUGUUCCAGUACAAAUACCUGGCUCUUUACCUGCACUACGUAGGUUACAUCCUGAGCUUGGUGCUCCUGACUCUGCCUCGCCAGCACCUGGUUAAACUCUACCUGUACGUCCUUACGGCCCUGCUGCUGUUUGCUGGUCACCAAGUCUCAAGGGACUACGUCCGCAGUGAACUUGAGUCUGGCUAUGAAGGACCGGUCUACCUGGAACCUCUCUCCAUGAACAGAUUCACCACGGCACUCAUAGGUCAGCUGGUGGUGUGUACGCUUUGUUCCUGUGUGAUGCAGACCAAGAGGAUUUGGCUUUUCUCUGCUCACCUUCUCCCUUUGGUGGCCAGACUGUGUCUGGUUCCACUGGAGACCAUUGUCUUCAUCAAUAAGUUCUCCAUGAUCUUCACUGGCCUGGAGGUCAUUUACUUCCUGGCUUCUAACUUACUGGUACCAUAUAACCUGGCUAAGACAGCCUACAGGGAGCUGGCUCAGGUGGUGGAGGUGUAUGGGCUGCUAGCUUUGGGCAUGUCUCUAUGGAACCAACUGGUCCUUCCUGUUCUCUUCAUGUGUUUCUGGCUGCUGCUUUUUGCUCUGCAGAUCUACUCCUACUUCAGCACCAGAGACCAGCCUACCUCAAGGGAGAGGCUUCUUUUCCUCUUUCUUACCAGUAUUGCAGAAUGCUGUAGUACACCGUACUCCCUGCUGGGUCUGGUUUUUACUGUCUCCUUUAUCGCUCUGGGUGUCCUCACACUCUGCAAGUUCUACCUGCAAGGCUACAGAGCCUUUAUGAAUGACAACACCAUGCACAGGGGGAUGACGGAAGGCAUCACCCUGCUGAUCCUCGCUGUCCAGACUGGCCUCAUCGAGCUGCAGGUCAUCCACCGAGCCUUCCUCCUCUCCAUCAUCCUCUUCAUUGUUGUUGCUUCCAUCCUGCAGUCCAUGUUGGAGAUAGCAGACCCCAUAGUCCUGGCUCUGGGAGCAUCCAGAGACAAGAGUUUGUGGAAGCACUUCCGAGCGGUGUCUCUGUGUCUGUUCCUGCUGAUCUUUCCAGCCUACAUGGCCUAUAUGAUCUGUCAGUUCUUCCACAUGGACUUUUGGCUUCUCAUCAUCAUCUCUUCGUCCAUCCUCACCUCACUGCAGGUUCUCGGCACUCUUCUGAUCUACGUUCUCUUCAUGGUGGAGGAGUUUCGUAAGGCUCCAGUAGAGAACAUGGAUGAAGUUAUCUACUGUGUCAAUGGGACUUAUCGAUUGCUGGAAUUCCUGGUCGCAGUGUGUGUGGUGUGCUAUGGCGUGUCGGAGACGGUGUUCGGGGAGUGGAGUGUGAUGGGAAGCACUAUCAUCCUGGUCCACUCGUACUAUAAUGUCUGGCUCAGAGCCCAGCUGGGCUGGCAGAGCUUCCUGCUCAGGAGAGAUGCUGUAAACAAGAUCAAAAGCCUCCCCACAGCCAGCAACACACAGCUGGAACAGUACAACGACAUCUGUGCCAUCUGCUACCAGGACAUGAACACAGCUGUGAUAACUCCAUGCAGUCAUUUCUUCCACGCUGGCUGUCUGAAGAAAUGGCUCUAUGUCCAGGAGACCUGUCCUCUUUGCCACUCGCAACUCAAGAGCCAAUCAACAGCUGCUAGCGUCCCCAACCAAGACGCCCCUGCAGCCAAUCAGAGCCCUGCAGGGCAGGAAGAAGCUGCAGCCAAGAAUAAGGAGAAAGAUGGCGCUCUUCCAGAUGAUGGGAGGGAGGAGGAAACAGGAGAGCAGGAACGAGGAAAAGGACCUGACAUGCCAGCUGGAGAAACUUCUUCCUCUUCAUCUGGUGUGCCCACUGCUCCCCAGCACCUUGUCAAGACUCAAAUAGCUUCUUCUUCUCCUUCUUCCCUACUCAUGACUGAUUCUUUACAGAACCAGUCGCCCACAGAUCACCCCUCUUCGUCUUCCUCCUCUUCCUCUGACACGUUGGACACACCCCCCUCUCCAUCUUUCUCUCACACCUCCAUCCCUUGCAUCUCUCACCACUCAUCCUCACAGCAACAGGCCCAGGCAGAGAUAACCCCUGCUGAACCUGAGUUUAAUCCAGCCUCCCCAGCGGACAGCCAGGAGUCAUCUUCUGUUCCAUCAUCACAGCCUGACCAGCCCACUUACCCCUCUGAGGAACAGUCUCCUCCUCUGCACAGCCUCUGAACCCCUUCGUAACACACAGAACAUACAUGCAUGCACAUAUAAACACUCCAUUUAAAUACUCCAUCUGCCUAUAUUCUAGCAGUUGGCCAUCAUGUCAUAAAUUCAACUCCAAACCCCUUCAUAUCCAUUUUGAGAGAAAAAAUCUAGAACAAUCUCUAAGCAGAUAUUCAUCACUCAGCGUUAAGAAAAAUUACAGAUGAUUCCAAUGUCACAAUAUGUUGCCAUUUUAAGGCAAUUCUCUUGGAACAGUUAAUCUAAAUGUGUCUGAGUUUGACUCAUGCCAGCAAUGAUUUCAUCACAGUGGGCAUAACUUUUCUCAUG